AUGCUCGAUCAUCAGCACCAGGGCGAGAUGCCCUACACAAGUUUGAUCGUCAAGAUUGGCGGUGUCGUGUUUGCUAUCAUUGUUCCAUACCUGAUCUUUUCCUCGUUCAUUUCGCCGAUUAAAGAUAUACCCGGGCCAUGGCUAGCCAAAUUUACUGACCUGUGGAGGCUGAUGGAUUUCUAUUCUGGUACUCAGAUCGAGACGCAGCGUAGAUUGCACAAGAAAUUUGGUUCUGCAGUCCGUAUCGGGCCAAAUAUGGUUAGCCUGAACGAUCCGGCAUUGUUCAAGACUGUUUACUCUACCCGCGGCCAAUAUCUCAAGACCGAUUUUUACAAAGUGAACGACGCCAUGCAAAAUGGUAACAGAAUACAGAAUGUCUUCAGUACGAGAGAUAAAGCCCUCCACGCCAAGUACAUGCGACCAAUUCACAAGUUAUUCUCUCUUCAUCAUAUCCUGUCCCAGGAACACCUGUUCAGCAGAACGUUGAUGCAGCUCUGUCAACAUCUUGAGGAGCGGUUCAUUGAUGGAGAAAAUACCGGAUUGACAUGUGAUCUUGCCCAGUGGAUUGAGUUCUAUUGCUGGGACGUCGAUGGUGAGGUGACGUUUGGUCAACCCAUGGGGUUCUUGAAGGCGGGCGGAGAUGAGACAGGGAUGAUCCAUGCUUCAGAGCUUUCUCAGCGGUAUUUUGGCAUUGUUGGACAGAUGCCGUGGCUAGAUGUCUGGCUGGGAAAGAACGCAAGAUGUCCUAUCAAGUUUCCCACAUUCGCUAGGACUGCUGAGUACUGCGCCCAACGUGUUGCAGAACGCCAAGCGUCAAGCGAUAAAGCCCCGCCUAUCGACUUUUUGGAUCAUUACAUCGAAGCCAAGAGGCUCAAUCCGGAAACUGUCACGGAUAAUGAAAUCAUAGGAUAUCUGAUGAUCAAUAUCCUCGCUGGGGCAGAUACUACAGCUAUUGUAACGAAAGCUAUCGUAUACCACGUUCUUUCCAACCCUACAGUUCACAGCCGUCUUCGUGAUGAGCUCGAUACAGCUAAUCUAUCAUUUCCAGCGACCUAUAACGAGACCAAAGAUCUUACCUACCUUGACGCCGUCAUAAGGGAAGGUAUGCGCAUUCACCCUGUUCUUGGAGGUAUUGUCGAGCGUGUUGUUCCUGCAGGCGGUCUCAAUCUACCCGAUGGUCGUGUGAUUUCCCCUGGCGUGCUUGUCGGGAUGAAUCCCUGGCUGAUCCACCGCAACAAGGAGAUUUAUGGCCAGGACUCCAACGCAUUUCGGCCAGAAAGGUGGCUUCGUCAUGCUUUCGAAACGCAAGACGACUACCAGCGUAGGCUGAGGCGUAUGAAGGACACAGAUUUCAGUUUCGGUGCCGGGAGCCGCGCUUGCAUAGGGAAGACCUUCGCUCUCGUUGAGAUAUUCAAGACCGUAGCAACACUCUUCCAUCGUUAUAAUUUCCCGAGGCGAAGCAGUGGACAACUAGGUGGUGGUGGUUUACUUUCGUGGAUCACAUACACAUUACACUUUCUCGUCGUCAUGGGAACUAGCAGGAUUCAAAUCUGCAUACGUGUUAUGAAGUUGGAACAAGGCUUGAGUUCAGCUGAUCUGUUCAAGCUCUCGUCUGGGCAAGGCUAA